AAUGACAAAUAUGCUGUUAUGGAGUAGAUGGGAAGAAACGUUCGAACACGUUCACUCCCAAACAUGAGAACCAGUCUCCUUAGGGAGGUAAGAUACUUAUUUUAAAGAUCUGCAGUUGCUUCAAAUUAGAAAACUUGGCAAGUGUCAGCAAAAAGGAGUGGGAUUUCUGAAGAGUAUAGAAAACAUCACCAUUCGCAAGUUACAAAUCCGCUCUCCUCUGUAGACAUGAUCUACUGUAAAGUGUCACAGUUACUGGAACAUUUUGCAGGACCUAAAACAAAUUCGUAGACUUUCCUCAACCGGAUAAAUCUAUGGGAAAGCUAGGAAGCAAGAAUUUUCAUGGAAUACUGUCUCAGUUUAUUCCAACAUAAGGGUCGAUAAUGCUUAUUUUGCUCUACCUCGCAAGCAUUGCGCUCUGUGCAAGUGGACAGCAAUUAAACAAUAAGCUUAAAGGAGACCACCAUCAAACAAGGUAUGUUUGCAGCAUACCAGGAUUACCAGGCCUUCCGGGUGCCCCUGGGGUCAAUGGAGCUUCAGGGCCUCAUGGACGCAUAGGUCUUCCAGGCAGAGAUGGGAGAGACGGCAGGAAAGGAGAAAAGGGGGAGAAGGGAGCAGCAGGUUUACGAGGUAAAACGGGACCUCUAGGACCAGUUGGUGAGAAAGGAGAUCAAGGAGAACCUGGUAAGAAAGGACCACAGGGACUACCAGGUAACAAAGGAGAAUUUGGUCCUGAUGGGCCAUUUGGAUUCAAAGGAGAUAAAGGACAAAGAGGCGAACACGGAGAGCCUGGAGAAUGUAAAUGUGGAAACAUAGUGCUUAAAUCUGCUUUCUCUGUUGGAAUCACCACCAGUUACCCACAAGAAAUGUUGCCGAUUCUCUUUAAUAAAGUCCUCUUCAGUGAAGGAGACCAUUACAACCCUUCCACUGGAAAGUUCAUAUGUGCAAUUCCAGGAAUUUAUUAUUUCUCUUAUGACAUAACAGUGGCCAACAAGCAUCUGGCCAUCAGCCUGGUACACAACGGGCAAUACAAAAUAAAAACAUUUGAUGCCAAUACUGGGAACCAUGAUGUUGCAUCAGGAUCAACGCUUCUUUAUCUUAAACCAGAAGAUGAAGUUUGGUUAGAGAUAUUCUACACAGACCAAAAUGGCCUGUUUUCCGAUCCCAGCUGGGCAGAUAGCUUGUUUUCUGGAUUUCUUUUAUAUGCGGACACAGAUUAUCUGAAUGCAUUGUCAGAUGAUGAUUUCUUGUGAUGGUUAUGAUGGUUUCUUGUGAUGGUUAUCUUCAAAAGGACUGUGAUGAGACUUGUUUGAAAUUUGAUUCUUGUUUUAAGUUGGCAUCUGGAACCCAUGAAGAAUAGCUUGUUGAUGUUCUCAGGAAUACCAAGAUACUUAUUUAUCCUG